AUGGCUGAAGAAAAGAUAGAUGCGGUUCACCCAUUAUCCAAAGUGGAGAACCCUUCGGAGUCAGUGUUGGAUAGUUUACCUACAUUAGAUGAUGUUCUUCAUCGCCAAAGUCAGCCACCCGUGUGUUUAUACAAUUACUAUAUUGUGCUUCGAGACAGAUUAGAGUUGGAAACAUUGCUUGAUUUCUGGUUAGAUGUAGCGCAGGCAGAUAUACUGUAUAAACGUUAUUCGAAAUAUGCAGCCAGGCGAGGCAGUACAGCUAAAUUCACUAACCAACACCGACUUUCUUCACCCGUGUCGAUUCAUCCGCGAACCUCAGAUAUCUUGACGCAUAUGCUACUAUUGCACCCCAGAGCCUCAUUAGCAACUACAAUGCAUUCAACUACUACAGCCGGGAGCACCAAGAAACCGCCGCCAACGCAAUUAGAGAUGGCAGAGACGAUUGAACGAAUUUAUCUGCGAUAUAUUGUACCCAGUGCAGAGAAGGAGAUCAAUGGAUUACCGCAUCACAUUAAAGAAACCAUCGGAAAUCAUUUUUCCAUCACUAUUCAAGAAGAUAAUCCAAUAAAGAAGAAAUUAAAUCCAGAUAAUCCUAUUAUUUAUGCACAAGCAAAAAACUAUGUGCAUCAACUACUCCAAUCGACUUUUCCUUUAUUUCUACGCUACAAGGUCUUUAUGAACUUGACUUUACCUCAACAGAUCGGUCGAUUAGCCUGUGGUCUCUUGCUCUUGUUGGUGGGUUUUUCGUUGGAAUUUACCUUGAUAUUUUUAGAUGUUCAUCCCUGGCAGAAAAGACUAUGGGUAUUUACCACCAAACAUUCUAAAUCAAACCUCUAUCUUCCCCCUUACAUUUUUAUUUAUUAG